UACUGGAGUGUGUCUUGUGCGCAAGUUUUCCACACUGGUUUCUAAUUUACAACUUUACCAAACACAAAGAGCAGCGAUAUAUUUGAAAAGUUGCGAUUUGCGAAUUGUGACCAUCUUUUGGACUUCAUCGACCAAUGUGGCUUCUUGGAUCAGCUUCCCAAGUGAUGAUGAUGAUGGAUGAGCGCCUGUCUCCCUCAGCACGCUGCGUCCAGAGCCCGGGAGACAACCCGUCCACAGUCCACAGCAUAGAGGCGAUACUGGGAUUUAAAGAGGACACACUCUUCCACAAAUCGGCCUGCUACAGCAUGACAGAAAAGGUUCUGGUGAAAGAUGCCGAGCGGAAUGUAAUUAUGACCCCACUGAAGAAAAGUCAUUCCUCAGAAAGUUUUGACAGUGUGUGUUGCGCCAGCGGCGCCGCUGAAGCGUCGGUCUGCCCGGACUCUCCGGACAGAGACGGCAAACUGUCGGAUGAUGACAACCCCAAGAAGAAACACCGUCGGAACAGGACAACAUUCACCACCUUCCAGCUUCACGAGCUGGAGAGAGCUUUUGAAAAGUCCCAUUACCCGGACGUGUACAGCAGGGAGGAGCUGGCGCUGAAGGUCAACCUGCCGGAGGUCCGAGUGCAGGUGUGGUUUCAAAACCGGCGGGCCAAGUGGCGUCGGCAGGAGAAGCUGGAGGUGAGCUGCAUCAAGCUCCAGGACACCUCCUCCUCCUUGCUCUCCUUCCGCCGCUCUCCCACCAGCUCCCUGGGCUCCAGUCUGCAGCUGGACCCCUGGCUCUCCACCUCGAUCACCACCUCCACCUCCCUGCAGUCCCUCCCGGGCUUCAUCACCGGCUCACAGGGCCUCCCGGGCACUUACACCCCUUCUCCACCCCCUUCCAUGGCCUCUUCCUUGCCGGCCUCCUUCCUCAACUCCUCGGCCCUGGGACACAGCCAUCACCUGCCCCACAUGGGCUCAAUGUGCCCCCUGCCCCCGGCGUACCACUGCUCAUCUGACCCAAGGAACUCCAGUAUUGCUUCACUGAGGAUGAAGGCCAAGGAACAUAUUCAGUCUAUUGGGAAGACGUGGUGAUGCUGAGUGGAGGUUAAAAAUGGACAUCGAAACCCAGAAUGCAUCAUGCUGCAUCGUUUGAGAAACUGACUUCAUCCUCACGCUGACGGGAUUGUUAUUUUGGAAGUGAAAACUACAGUUGACAUCCAGGAGUAGAGACAUUCCCGUCACCAAUAAGGGUACUUUACUUUACUUCUCCCUAUUUAUAAUUCAUAAGCAGGAUAUAAAUGUCGAAUAAAUAAUUUAAUACACACUAUAAUGAGGUUGUAAGUAGAUACAGGUGUUUGUUAAUGUGUUUGUCAACAACUAUAACUCCAUCUGUGGGUAUUAAAAGAUAUGCCAAGAACGUAAAACACAGUUGUAAUAAUAUAUAAUAUGUCUUCAUAGAAGUUACAAUUGUUGUCAAAUACUGUACAUUAAUGCACAUGUCAAAUGACCUGCUUACACCGACGUCAUCAUGUGUUAUAAACCAUGCAUUACAUGUUUGCAUUGCUUAUGAAUAUUAAAGGGGACUUAAAGAGUCACCUUUAUAAGCAACGAUCUGAAAAUCUGUGACACUAACUGUGAAAUUCCUGUAAAAAUAUGAAACUAGUGAACACUGAUGAUUCCUUUCCUUUGUCUUCUUUACAAGCUGUGUUUACUUUAAGUUUUACAUUCAUCUUAUUCUUAUCCGCUGUUAUGUUGCCGAUAUAACAAGUCCAUUAGCACCCAUCAGUAUUUAUUCUUCUUUUGUAAAUUGAGCUCAUUUUGAUUCAUUUUUCCCUUCUGCUUUUCGAUCUUCAUCAUGAAAGAUUGAACAAAUGUGCAUAUUU